AUGCAGCAUUCUGAUAAAGAACAAAAUGAACUUGUGCAACUCUGUAAAGGUACACAUCGAGGUAAUACGAGUGAAUUGAAUGAUAUUAAUGACUUUGAACUUACUUAUAACCCGUUAAUGUCUAACGAUGAAUUAGAACGAAUACGUGUUUCAGUUGGUAACUACGUUUCAAUGAAUAGCUUUUUUUCUACAACACUCGAUCGUACGUAUGCAUUAUUUUUAAUAUCAUCUGCUGGUGCAGCUUCGAGUACCACUCUUCAACCAAUUCUCUUUGAAAUUGAUCCAUUGAAAGAAGGAAUGAAACCUUUUGCUGAUAUUAGCGCAGAAAGUCAUUUCAAUACAGAAAGAGAAGUUCUGUUCAUGCUUGGAUCGAUAUUCAAGAUUGAAAAUGUUAUACUGACCACAACAACAGAUGGUAACAGCUAUUGGAGUAUUAAACUUUCAUUAGCAAGUGAAAAUGAUUAUGAAUUGAGAGAAAAAAAUUAUGAAGAAGCAUUAGUUUAUUUUAUUCGUGCACUGGAAAUUGAAGAAACGUGUUUGCCAUCUGAUCAUUAUGAAAUUGCUAAAGCAUGUGAAAAUAUUCGUUUUAUUCGUUUUAAUUUAGGAGACUAUGAAACAGCACUUCCGUUCUUUGAAAAAGGUUUCAAUAUAAAACGAAAAUCACUUCCAGCACAACACCAUUCUGAUAAAGAACAAAAUGAACUUGUGCAACUCUGUAAAGGUACACAUCGAGGUAAUACGAGUGAAUUGAAUGAUAUUAAUGACUUUGAACUUACUUAUAACCCGUUAAUGUCUAACGAUGAAUUAGAACGAAUACGUGUUUCAGUUGGUAACUACGUUUCAAUGAAUAGCUUUUUUUCUACAACACUCGAUCGUACGUAUGCAUUAUUUUUAAUAUCAUCUGCUGGUGCAGCUUCGAGUACCACUCUUCAACCAAUUCUCUUUGAAAUUGAUCCAUUGAAAGAAGGAAUGAAACCUUUUGCUGAUAUUAGCGCAGAAAGUCAUUUCAAUACAGAAAGAGAAGUUCUGUUCAUGCUUGGAUCGAUAUUCAAGAUUGAAAAUGUUAUACUGACCACAACAACAGAUGGUAACAGCUAUUGGAGUAUUAAACUUUCAUUAGCAAGUGAAAAUGAUUAUGAAUUGAGAGAAAAAAAUUAUGAAGAAGCAUUAGUUUAUUUUAUUCGUGCACUGGAAAUUGAAGAAACGUGUUUGCCAUCUGAUCAUUAUGAAAUUGCUAAAGCAUGUGAAAAUAUUCGUUUUAUUCGUUUUAAUUUAGGAGACUAUGAAACAGCACUUCCGUUCUUUGAAAAAGGUUUCAAUAUAAAACGAAAAUCACUUCCAGCACAACACGUUGAUCUCGGUAUGACAUAUCAUAAUUUUGGUCUCAUUUAUGAACAGACUGAAAAAUUAAAGGAAGCCUCAGAAAACUUUCUCAUGGCAAAACAAAUUUAUCGUCUUUACUAG